UUCAUAUAAAUUCUUUAAUAUAUUUUAAUGUUUUAAUUGAGUAAAUUACUUAUAUACUGCAACAUAUUUUUAUUGCUUAUUAACAUAACUCUUAAGGGGAAAAUGCAGAUGUAUUCAAAUACUACUUUAAAUAUCCAUAUAUUAUUUUCAGUAUACAUGUGUACUUAGAUGGAGUAAAAUAUGUGUGUGUGUUCAUCUUUAUUACAUAAGUAUUCAACUUUAAAAAAAGUAUUCAACUUGUUAGCAGCUUUUUUGAAUGAUUUUACUACAUGAUGACUCUAAAUAAUCUUUUGUUUUUCCUUUUUCAGUUAAGUCAAUCAUCUUUCACUGUUAUCUAGUGUCCUAAUUAGAUAGACGUGCCUAGGUUCAUCACAUGAUGUUGCUGCCAGCCUGAGAAGCUUGUAAAUACUGAUUGUCAUCCCUUUUAAAUCUGACAUAUUUUUUUAUAGUGUAAAUUUUAAAGCACAGAUUAUUGAGGUAUAAGUUACAUAAAGGGAAAUCUGCCCUUUUAAAAUGUGAAGCUGGAAGAAGCCUGACAAAUGUAUACAGUUAGAUAACUCCCACCACAAACAAGCUAUGGAAGAUUUCUAUCACAUCAAAAAGGUUCUACCUACAUCCUCAGCCUAUGAACUAUUUAUUUAUGAACUAUUUUAUGAACUGUUUUAUUUUAUUUUACUUUAUAUGUGGUAUAAAUCAAGGAUAGAAGUUCAAGAUUUGUUUGGUUUGAUCUGGUUUAACAAUUUUUCUUUCUUUUUUUUUUUUAAUAUGGGUUUUCAUUUGUUCUGUGUUGGAAAGACUAUGUAACCCUCAUUAAAUUUCCUUAGCACCUUCAUAAAAAAUCAGUUGGUUAUAUACAUGUGGGUCUCUUUCUCAAAUCUGUUGUUUCAUUGUGCUGUAUGUCUAGCCUUAUGCCGUAGAAGCUUGUUUAUUAUGGUUUAGAUCUACAUGUCCCCCACGAACCUCAUGAACUUGUAAGUGAGUCUUUUAAAGGUGAUUGAUUUAUGGGGGCGUUAUGGCAGACUUGCUGUUAGGAGAUGGGGCAGAGGCAGUCUCCUCUCUCCUAGUUUUGAAACCCCGGUCCAGGAUCUGCUGCUUCUGAGGCCUGUCAUCCCUGAGAAAAACUAGUAGAUUUAGCACCAUGUCCCUAAACCACUGCCCCUCACUUUUGUUUUAAAACUCUUGUCAAGUCAAGGGGGCAUUCUACAUAGACAGGAGCUGGAAUAUCCAUAUAUGUGUUAUAUGUGUUAUCUAAGGGGUGCUGGAAACUAGGCAAACUAUUGUAAUCUGUUAGAGCUGUCUUUCUACCUGUAUGUUAAAUCAGCUGUUUUUUUUGAAUAUUGCUCAUGCAGUGUAAUAGGGCUAAUGAUGUCAUUUUAUAUAAUUUAAGCUAUAAAACCCAUUCACUGUAGUAACCUGUGGAGCUGAAUAAUUGAUCUAACUGGCUGCCAUGGAACCUCAUGGGUGAAGCUAUUAGGUGUAGUGCAUGUCUCAUGGACUUUGCAAGGCAGUACUGUUAACCUAUAAGCACCUCCUUACCCCUAGGAGAUUUUGCAAAGAAUUGCUCUUAAACCCAUAUGCACUUCUAUGGAGUCUUCAUGGUAAGUUUCAGUUAACUUUUGCUUCUCUGUUAGUACCUAUUAGCCUUAGUAACCCUUAUGUCUUACAAAAGCCUUUUGCAGAUAUUUUUUUUCCUGCUCUCUUCAAAACCUACUGCUUUCUGUGUACUUCCCAGCACACCUAGGCUAUGGAUGAGAGACGACAGUAGGUGAGGAACAAAAGCUAUCUUCCCUAAGGAGGGGAUAGGAAACCCUGUUGAAGUUAGGAACCUGAACAGAUACAAAGCAGAGAUCUGUCACUACUUUUAGAUGGUGGAAGAACCUCUUCAGGACCACCCAUAGUAACGAGGCAGGGUUUGAUUGUGAGUGGGGCCUGUAAUGUUCAUCUGCAGCAAAAUGUCUGCAUUAUGCUGACUCGGCACCAGGAGACCCACAAAUUCCCCUGCUCCCACCAUGAACUUCGCACUAAGAAAGCUUGAAGAUCAGUCUUCCACCAGGGCAAAAAUAUAUCCCUCAAUAAUGCCAGCUUAUAGGAUGCUGAAAGCCAAGAGUUACAAGAGAAACAGAAAAACCAUAGCACACAGUAUAACAAAGUAAAAGCAUCGUAUUGCUGGACAGCUUAGAAUUUCAUGAUAUACUACAUGUAGAUGUAAUAAAAGAAUCUAAACACAACUAAUACUAACUAUUCACUUAGCCCCUACAUCUCUGCACUGUCACCCUGAAAAGAAGCAUGCCCAGUUUCAGGUGUAAAUAUCAUUUACUUAGUCUGCACUAUUCUUCUACAUAUAAUGUCUGUUGUUCAGUAGAAAUUGUGAAAUGACCCCAAAAAGCCUAAUUCAUAGUCAAGAGAAAAAAAGCAAUCAGUGAAGCCACAUGCAAAUAGGAUUCAGAAUAUAAAGCUACUAGAAAAAGACUUUCAAAUAGAUAUAGAUAAGGGACUGAGAAAAACAGAUAAACAACAUUUAUGAAAAGAUGGAAACUUACUGAAGGUUAUGUGAAAAAUGUAAAGACAAUGAAAUAGGAAUACUUGACAUUAAAAACAGCAUCGGAGAUUGGGUUAGUCAGCUUCCCGUUGCUGGAACAUAAUACUUGACACCUGAGACUUGAAGGAGGGUCUUGUCUGGCUCAGAGUUUCAGUCCAUGGUCUUCUGGACCCAAGGCAGCAAUUUCAUGGCAGAAAGUCAUGGUGGAGAAAAGCCGCUCUACUUGUGGCAUAGAACAAGUAGCAGAGAACAGGGGAAGAGCACCAGAGGAAGGUACCAAGGACCAGGUAUGGUCCCCAAGGUCAUGCUCUCACAACCCAUCCAGGCCCACCCAGAUUUACUAUCUUCUAGGCAUCUUUCAAGACAAUUGCAUUGACAUUCAUGGUUAACUGUCACAGAGGUAAUAGUGGAAAGACCCUUCCAUGUGCCAUUUCUGGAUUGGAGCCAGGGAAUGUCCCUGUGUUCAGUUGUGGGUGUCAGGUGAUGAGAAAGUGACUGAGCCACGCCAGGUAGAGGGACACUGUGGAGACGCUAGCUAUAAAUUUGAGAGGCUUAAGGAACAGGUGAAGUUUGGACUGCAUCGGGAACUAUUUCAAAUUGUAAGAAGAAUGACAAGAUAGGGUUACAUUUACUUUUGUCUGGAAGAAUUCUCAAGCAUACCUGAGUGUCUGGUAUUGUAUAUGCUUAUGUAUGCUGUGUAACUGUGGAAAAAUAGCUUCAAAUUACAGCAAAAAAAACCAAAAUAAAACAAAGAUAAUGGUAGAGAUAAAAUAUAACCAUAAAGAAUGUCUUAGAUAUUUAUACUAGAGAAAUGAAAAGAAAGGUGUACAAUAUACUUUUACAGAAAUUUUUUAUGACAGCCAGAUAUUUGGAAACAAACCAAACAUAUUUCAAACAAAUUGGAGGAAGACUUGUCUACUCUGUAUAGAGCACUUCCUUAAGCAUGUGUGAAGCCCUGAAAACAACAAAAGAAAAUUAUAGCAUUUUCAUACAAUGGAACACUCAAUAGAAACCAUAUUGAUAACAUUGCGAUCUGCACAGAAAAUCAAAAAACGCUUCAAGCUACUUGAAGUAAUGAAUGAAUUCAUUAAAGUCACAAGAUUCAUGGCAGGUGCAGUAAAGGAUUAUAUUAAGAUGAUGCUGCAGAAUGACUCACUUAAAUUUCUGGUGUUUGCUCACCACUUAAGCAUGCUCCAAGCUUGCACAGAAGCAGUAAUUGAAAACAAGACUUCUUAUGUUAGAAUAGAUGGAAGUGUUCCAUCUUCAGAAAGGAUACAUCUGGUUAAUCUGUUUCAAAAGGAUCCUGAUACUCGUGUGGCUAUCUUAAGCAUUCAGGCUGCUGGCCAGGGUUUGACGUUUACUGCUGCAAGUCACGUUGUGUUUGCUGAGUUGUACUGGGACCCUGGACAUAUAAAACAGGCAGAAGAUCGUGCUCACCGAAUUGGACAGUGCAGUUCUGUGAAUAUUCACUACCUUAUUGCAAAUGGGACUUUAGACACCUUUAUGUGGGGAAUGUUGAAUCGAAAGGCCCAGGUCACAGGGAGCACACUAAAUGGUAGGAAGGAGCAACUUCAGGCUGAAGAAGGUGAUAAGGAAAAAUGGGAUUUCCUGCAGUUUGCUGAAGCAUGGACUCCAAGUGACAGUUCUGAAGAGCUCCGGAAAGAAGUUUUGUUCACUCAUUUUGAAAAAGAAAAACAGCAUGAUAUUCGGUCAUUCUUUUUACCAAAACCUAAAAAAAGACAGUCGGAGACCUCCUGUGAUGAAUCAAGGAUAUUCCAAGAGAAACAUACUAUAUUGGCAUCAGACCCUAGAAAAAUAGAUACAAGAGAUAUUCUUGAAAGUGAUUUUGAACCUGAAGCUAAAAGACUGAAAUCAGUUGCCACCAAUGACUGCAGCAGUCUCCUGGACAAGAAACCACCCUGGGCCAAACAAACUGAAGCUGCAGUCGUGGAAGGUGUCCACGAAGCCACGUCUCCAUCAGCUACCCCAUCCGUUCCUGAGAAGGGCUGGCAGUGUAAUUUCUGCACCUAUAUCAAUAAUUCAGUGCUACCUUAUUGUGAAAUGUGUGAGAAUCCUCAAGGCAGUGCUGUAGACAGCCCCAACCUUAUCCAGGCUAUAAACAAAAAUGAAGACGAUUCUCCAAAAAACACCUCCAAAAAACUUCAAACUAGCUCAGACUGUGAAAAACAAGUCCUUGCACAAUCAGAACCUGACCAGUUGGCUGAGAACAAGGGAGAAAUGUCAGAAGAGGAGAGGGAGGACAGACUCACAGCCCAGCCACGUGAUGAGAAACUGAAGAGCUCCGACGCUCUGCCACUAUAUGACAGCUUAAUGUUUUGUGCAAGUAAGAACACUGAUAGGAUUCACCUCUAUAAUAAGGAUGGAAAACAGAUGAACUAUAAUUUCAUUCCUUUGGAUAUAAAAUUAGACCUUUGGGAAGACUUACCAGCAAGCUUUCAACUGAAACAAAAUCGCUCUCUGAUUUUGAGAUUUGUUCGAGAAUGGAAUAGCCUGACUGCCAUGAAGCAAAGGAUAAUCAGGAAAAGUGGGCAGCUGUUCUGUAGUCCAGUUCUUGCUCUGGAAGAGAUCACAAAGCAACAAGCCAAGCAAAAUACUACCAAAAGAUACAUAACCAAAGAAGAUGUUGCUGUAGCCGCAAUGGAGAAGGUAAAGAAAGAUGGGGGUCAUGUCCGUCUGAUCACAAAGGAAUCCAAACCAUGGGACCCUUCCAUAAAAAACUUUCUUGAAGAUGGAGCCUGUAACUCAUUUCUAAAUUCGCACACAGUGCAAGCUGAUCUCUCAGUGAAGUCUUCUACAUCCAAAGGCUACUUGCAAGCUGUGGAUAAUGAAGGAAAUCCACUUUGCCUUCACUGCCAGCAUCCCACUUGCGAAACUAAGCGAGAGUAUACAACAAACGCAUGGGAUUCACGGUUUUGCUCUCUAAAAUGUCAAGAGGAAUUUUGGAUUCGAUCUAAUAACAGUUACCUGCGAGCCAGAGUAUUUGAAAUUGAACAUGGUGUGUGUCAGCUAUGUAAUAUAAAUGCUCAAGAACUCUUUUUACGUCUGAGAGAUUCACCUAAAAGCCAGCGGAAGAGUCUUUUGGAUGCUACCUGGACCUCAAAACUCUCAUUAGAACAGCUGAACGAAAUGAUAAGAAACCCAGGGGAAGGACAUUUCUGGCAGGUGGAUCACAUCAAGCCAGUAUACGAGGGAGGAGGACAGUGCUCCCUGGACAACCUGCAGACUCUCUGUACAGUCUGUCACAAAGAGAAAACUGCCAGACAAGCCAAAGAAAGAAGCCAGGUGAGACGACUGUCUGCAGCAUCAAAGCAUGGAUCAGACAUAACACGAUUUUUGGUGAAGAAGUAAGGUAGAAAAGUACAUAAAUGGAUGACCAAUAAUUUACAUAUGGCAGAAUUUAACCCCUCCCAACUUUUUUCAUGUCUAAUAUUUUAAGAGUGAAAUUGGAAAACACUGAGCAAUAAUUUAAAUUCUGGUUUUGUUCUAAGCACUUUUAGUGUUAAAUAGUUUUUGCAGAUAUUUGACAGAAAUUGAGAUAAAAUACUAAAUAUCUUUAUGAUCUUAUUGCUUUAAGAAGACUUUCAAUCAUGUUUCAGCAAGAUUUUGUUGAGCUUUCUUUCUCCCAUAAUAUGCCUUAAUCACUGUAUUAUGCAUAGUAUUUGAAAAAUGUGCUCUCAAUUACCUGAAGAAUGCUUCUAGAUUAGCAUUGGUUUGGGACUGUUGUAGGUAUAAAUGGAACACUGUUGUGGAUAUAAAUGGAGGCAAAUCAUUAUUUAGAACUCUGGGCCAAACAUGAUCAGUUUGCUUAGUAUGCAAGAGAGACUUAUUCACUAAACCCUUCCAAAAUAGGUUUGGGCUACAUAUUUUGGAUAUUACCUUUCUUGCUUUAUUUCUCAGCCAAUCAUUGUAUUGAAAAGAAGCUUUUUAAAGUAUGUUAAUUAUACCUGUGGUGUUUGUGAAAAAUGUGGUGUUCUGAGUAAUUGUUAAAACGAUUAAAGAACUGAAAACAUAAAAUGCAAAA